GCGGCGCUGCUGCGGGGUGGGUACCGGGCUGGCUGCUCGGAGCCGGCUGGGCUCCCACCGCAGGCCUCGGGGACCCGUUUCCUGGUUGUGUGGAAUUCAGACAGGCUCAACAUUGUCACAAGAACGGGUUGGUGGAGAUAACCUUUGGGUUGUCUGCGUGUUUCAUCCCUACUGCUCAUUGGAUUCAGAUGUAAUAUGAAUGGGGCCUCAGUAGCUGUUAAUGGCGCUCUCGGAGAGAAUGGCUGUGAAACGGAGCCUAUCUGGGAGCGGCCAUGGACAUUGGAAGAGAUCCAUAAAGCCAGUGGGAACUGGUCACUUGGUGCGGAUGCUGGGCUGCUCCUAUUUCUGCAAGAUUUCUCUCAGCGGAUGCUAUCCCGCACACAUGAGAUUGAGAAGCAGCUUGACGGCCUGAUCCAGCACACAAAGGCUACAGACUCCCGUCUCCAUAAUGUCUUCAAUGAUUUUCUGAUGCUAUCAAAUAUUCAGUUCAUUGAAAAUAGAGUGUACGAUGAAGAAGUGGAAGAGGCAGUUAAACCGGACAGUGGAGGCAAGCCAGCUGGAGUGGAGAGAACACGGGAGCAGAAGGAGGCAGAGCUGAUUGCCAAGGUGCAGGAAGCUGUGCGCCAUGGGCUGAGGGUGUUGGACUCUGCCUUUGAACAGCUGGAUAUUAAAGCAGGAAACUCUGAUUCGGAGGAUGAAGAAACAACUGAAAGAGCGGAGCAUCUGCUGGAACCCAAGGAUCUGUAUGUAGAUAGGCCCCUGCCAUAUAUCAUUGGGUCUCCGCAGUUCAUGGAGGAGGAGGAUGUUGGCCUGGGGGAUCUUUCCAGUGAAGAGUCUGUGGACAGUGAGCGUGGCAGUAUUGUUGAGAGUGAAGAGGAGGAGUCAGAGCAUGACUUUGAUGAAAGUGAGGAGGAUGAAGAGAAGCUUCCAAAGUCAGUCCCAAAGCAGCAGCUGGUUAGUGACGAGGAUGAAGAUGAUGACUCUGAUUUGUUUCAUGAAUCUGAGAAAGAGAAUGACGAGGGGGUUUUGACGAGCUCGAAAAAAAUGGGGCACAUUUCCUUUGCAGAAGAACUAGCAGCAAGGAUCCAAGAAGGAAACCCAGAGAAGCCAGAUGAAGAGAAAGCAUCUUUAACAUCUAAAAGCCAAGUAAAGUCAAAGAAAGAAACCCGAAAAGCUAAACGACAAGAAGAAAGCAACUUGUUUGGCUCUGAGAAUGCUGAUGAAGAUGACAACUACUCUCCAUUUUGCAGCAGAGGUGGUCUCUUCAGUGGAGGGAAGGGCCUGUUUGAUGAUGAUGAGGGUGACCUUUUCACUGAGGCACCAAAGGAAAAAAUUGAUGAAGAGAAGGAAGUGAAGCCAGCUGUUGAAGGUGGAGAUAUAUUUAAUUCUGCUGCAAUUCCUGAGAAAACCCAUGGGAAAGGAGCAAAGAAAAAGGCGACAAAACCCCCACCAGCUCAAAGUGCUGGAGGACUGUUUGAUGAGGAAGAUGACGAUUUCUUUGGACCGAAAACUUCAAGCUCUGCUGCUGUUGAGCCCAAGCCAGCUCCAAGCCUCUUUGAUGAUAGUGAUGACAGUGGACUCUUUGAGACAAGUGUCACACCAAAAGUACCCAAAGAGAAAUCAAGGGUUCAGCAGAAUGCAGAACCAGUCUCGGAAGUUCUUGAAUCCUCAACGUUGCUUGCUGAAAAGUCCCAGGCCAGCUCUGGUCUCUUCUCUGAUGAAGAUGAAUCAAAGGAUUUAUUCUUUCCAAGCAAAGAAACAAAAAGAAAUGAAUCGAAGCAGUCAUCAGGAAGCAAGACCAAACCCCAUCAACUUCCAAUCUCACUCUUUGAUGAUGAUGAUGAGGGUGACCUCUUCGGUGCCAUUUCUUCAAAGGAUAGUUCUGCAUUGAAGAAAUCUCAGCAACAGAAUGAAUCCAAAGUUACACCCAGCAGUUUAACAUCCACUGCAUUAUUUGACAGUGAUGAGUGUGACUGGCAAAGCCCGAAAUCGCCAGUGGCAGAGCGUGCCGUGGACGUUGCGGACGCACGGACCUCGAUGAGAAAGGAAGUGACGCCCAAGUCUGCUACAGCCUCAAAAGCAGUGAAGAAGACCAGUCUAUUUGAUGAUCCUGAGGAGGACUACUUGUUUGGCGUUUCUGGAAAGGAAAGCCAAAAGAAAUCCCAGAAAAUUUCUCUUUUGUUUGAAGAUGAUGAUGAAGAUGAUCUCUUUGCAUCUAAGCCAGCAGUCAGCAAACCUGCUGCUCAGAAGCCUGCUGCAGCUCCCCAGGGGUCGACAGUGUUCAGCAAAGCUGUGGAAAAUAAUUCUGUUGAGUCAGAUGGAACAAGUCAAAUGGAGCAGAAGGUUGCGACGAGAAAAACACCACCGGGUACAGUCCCUCUGUUUGGUGGGAUCGAUGUCCUGGAGCAACAAGGAAAGAAUAAGCUGGUGACCUCAAAUGGUGUAACUUCCCAGGGAGAUGAUGCUUGUUCUAAACCAAGUACCCGUGGUUCACAGGAGGAAUUGCAGAGCAAUCGCAAAGCAGUAGUCAGUCUGUUUGAUGAUGAGGAGGAUGAGAAUCUGGAGGACACAGUUAAGCAGUGUAAUCUAGUUCACGAUGAAAAGCUUCCUGAGAGUGGUACAAGUACCAGAGUGUUCCAGGAUGAAGAGUUGCUAUUCAGUCACCACCAGCAGAAGGACAAUGACCCAGACGUUGACCUCUUUGCUGAUGCACGGAAACCAGAGGUUAAAAAGACAGAAGUGAAACCUCCCAUUAACCCUCCACUGUCACCUCAGACCAAGGCAGUGGAACUUCCCAGCCACGAUCUCUUCGACACAGCUGACAACUUGUUUAGCAGCACCAAGAAGCCAUCGUCUGCAAAAGCACCUUCAUCCAAGUCCAAUAUUUUUGAAGACAAAGAUGAUGAGGAUCUCUUUAUUGGAGUAUCUAAAAAGCCUACUGUGGAACACAAGAGACAAACCAAUACGGGUCCCAUUAAAACAAAAGGACCUUCCUCUCGGAUUGGAAAACUCCAAGCAAACCUGGCGAUUAAUCCGGCGAGCCUCCUGCCAGGCACCUCACCCAAAUUUCAAGGCAUUGUGCCUGGGUCAAAGUCGCUUCCAUCUCCAUCGGCUGCGUCCCAGAAUACUGCCACAGCUUCCGAAUCAGCAGUGGGUGAGGGCAGCAGUGUGAGUUUCAAUCAGCCCGUCCAGGUGGACACUUUGCACAAUGUUAAUAAGAGCCGUGCAAAAGUAGCAAGGAAGCGUCGCCCUCCAACGAGGGAGGCACGGCGAUUGGCAGCUCAACAGUCUGCUGAGGUGGAAGAAGUGGACCAGCGAUCAGAAACUGACGGUGCUUCAGUGAAAAACGGUGUUUCACAGAAAGACCUGGUGCAGAAAUCAAGUCCAAACAAGACCCCUCCUGCAGUGUUAACAUUGCCCAUUGAAAUUUCCCCUGAUAAAGAUGCUGACCCACUCUCUGUGGCCAGCGUAAAUCUUCAUUCUGAUCUCUUUAGUUCAGGUGAUUCAUUCAAAUCGAGCUUGGUGCAGGGACUACCUGCUGCAACUGGCAGAACGGACUCCCUGCUGAAGAAGGAUCCAGUCCAGUCGAUCUUUGCACCCAGUGAUGAUGACCUUUUCCGGUCAAGUAAACAAACCAUGAAGAAACCCAAAUCUGCUGCUUUCCUCGAAGAGGAAGAUGUUGAAGAUCUUUUUGGAACAGCAAAACCAGAGACAACUAAGCCAUCAACAAAGACAUCAAAAUCAAUAGACAUCUUUGAGGAUGACUUGUUUGCCACAGAAUCUGUCACCUUAACCAAGAAAAAGACUGAGGGAAACACGGAUGGAAACCUCUUCGAUGACAAUGUUGACAUAUUUGCUGACAUAAAAAUAGCUCCAAAAGAGAAGAAGAGCAGGAAGAAGAUUGAAACGAAGUCUAUAUUUGACGAUGACAUGGAUGAUAUUUUUGCUUCUGCCUCAUCCUCAGCCAGUGCCAAGAAACAACUCAAACCCAAGACCAAAUCAAACCAGGCUGCCAUUCCGACCAGCACACCAGACGGCAAAGCUGCAAACAUUUUUGAUGAUCCUUUGAAUGUUUUUGGACCAUAAGAUGCAGAUGUAAAAACAGUGUCAGAAUUACUGGGAGGGAGAGGAGAGAGCAAGUCUUUGCUCCUCCUCCUCCAGACCAUGGCAGUGUUCUAGUUUUGAAUACUACAGUUAAACUUUAAGCAUUGUCAGACCUCAAAACUGAUAGGUGGAGAGAAGGUGGGUGCAAUUACUUUGUUGCAGUUUUGAACACUUCACACUCAUUUCUGUUUGGUCUCCUGAGCUUGUGAUGUGCUCCAUCUUUUUUCCUCUGUGCAAUUUUGAUGCCUUAAUCAUUAAACUUUGCUUUAUUUUUUGCUCGGUUUCACCUUACAUUAAUGAGAAAUCUUCUCUCGAGGCUGAAGACUGAUGGAAAGUUUUACUGUUUUGAGUAUGAAGCACUGAUUCCAAAACCUGAUACGUGGGCUUGUUGCCCUUCUGGUAAUCUUAGAUCAUUUAAUUGUAUUAAAUUAAUUCUUUUGUAAAUUGUUGUGAUAUCAGGUUUAAGAUUGUUUGCUACUUUCCUGAACAAUGUUCCCAUAUUUUGAGAUAGGGAUUCUCUAUGACCAGUGCAAUAUAAUGUAAAUAUUCUCCUAAAAUUAAAGGCACGCUUUGUAAGUAAGUUAGUUGCAGGCUUGCCAAGGCUGACUAGAUCUUGUGGCAUUUGUUGAAGUCAAUGUAUUGAGAUCAAUAACUUGCUGCUGCGUCUGUUACAUUCACAUUGAGGCCAUUGGCCAUUUCAUUCUGUUUGGAGUUAAAUUGCUCUGGAAAAAUAAAACUGCACAGUGAACAAAACUUUGUAAUAAAUAUAAAUUACUUCCUGCAGCUCUUGCAAGAUGGUUGCUUGCUCUUUGGGAUGUGCAUCCUUGGGGUUUAUCUUUUUACAAACAAGCAAAGUAACAUCCACCUGCCUUGCUGAAUAAUUUGUCCCAAGUCUCUCAAACCAGGAAUUUGUCUCAUUUAAACUCCUAUCUGUGCUGCAUUACUUGCAAUUGUGAUAGUGAUCUGGGCUCCCUUGCUGAUUGCUCACAGUGCACUGAUCCCUGCUGGGAAGUGUACCUGUGAAACUUUGGUAAGUCUUAUAAUGCACUCUGUA